AUGUUGUUCACCGGCUUAAGGGAAACGCUCUCCAAGUUCGUGCAGUCUCCUUUCUUCGUGGUCAGAGCCGAAGAAGAAGAAGCGGAACUAGUUGACCCAGCCAAGGUUUUGAGGGCUAAGUGCGAACAACAGAAAGAAGCUCAAGAACGGUUUGCCAAGCUGCAAGAAUGUAACACUCGAGUAAACUCUAGAAAAGCAACGGCUGAAACCUGCGUUGAAGAAUUCUGGGAUUUUCUAGAAGUCGUUGAUAAAUGUGUUGCGAAAGACCUGUUUGAUCAUCUCAAGUGA